UUAAUCAUUUGUCAUUUGGACAGCACUUCGGCAACAUGGCUGUUUAUAGGAGUUUGUUAGUGCUUGCAUUUGCUGGCUGUGUUCUUUCCGAAUUUGGUGCACCUUUUGAACCUUGUGACAAGGAUGAUGUAAAAUGUAUAAGUACAGCAUUUCAAUCGUUUUUUGAAAAGACCUUCAAUGGUGUUCCUAAUCUCGACAUUAAAGCUAUCGAUCCCCUGAUCAUACCUGAAUUGACAUAUGAGGUCGAUCCAGACAUGGGCUUGCUCUUUGAAUUCAAAAACGUCAAUGUCACAGGAUUGAAGAACCAACAGAUUUUGGACUUCCAUAUGGACACUGAUAAGAAAACAAUUGUAUUCAAAAUGAAAGCAGAAUUGUACAUCAUGGGUGAUGUGAAAAUCUCACUGACAAAGCACAACAAAGUAUUCAACGGAGUUUAUUCAGCUUCAUAUACCGCUCGAGGAAACACGCAAUAUGGUUACGCCCUGGUACAGAAAGGAAAUGUGGUACACAUUCAAAUUGGACCGGAAGUACACUCCUGCGAAAUCAGUGAAGAACCAAUUAUAACUCUUGAUCAAAGUCUCCAAAACGUCAUCGACCAUGAUGUUGAUGCCAGAGCAUUGAAGCCUUCUUUUGACACCAAGAAAGUAACUUUGAGGAAGAACACAUUGUGUCGUAUUGAGGAAACCGCCUAUACUACUGUUGUCCAUAACAUCAGAUCUGUGAUGAAAGCCUUCCCCUGCCGUGCCUGUUUCAAGAAUAUCUGUGAAUAAAUAAACUUUAAUUUAAUACUUCGAA